CGGCUCCGCCCACCGCCCCUCAACUCCCUUUUCCUCACCGCCGUCUCCUACCCCCUACCCCCGGGACCCCCAGCGCCCGGAGGAUGGGGCCGAGCCGCUCGCAUGGGUCUCACCAGUAGUCAGUCACUUUCGCCCGUGUGGCUGGCGUGUGGCCGGGCGCCGCAGCCUCCCUCCUGCUGGUGCCGUUGGCUUCCCUCUCCCGAGUGCGGAGAGAUAGACCCGGCUGCUAACAGCCCCCCCUUUCCCCGAAGAACCAUUACCACUCCCAACCCCUGUUUGCAGCCCAGGAAACUGAGGCACUGGGCCGUGGGACGGCGAGCGGUGGCCAUCUCCGCAGUCUCUGCCCACCCCCACCCGCACCGCCACUCAUGGAUGAACCCCACUAAAUGGCUUGAGGGAUGAAAAGAGGACGUUUCAUUCUGAUGUUUCUGGGACGUCGAAAUCACCUGCUUUGGAAACAACCAUUUCCCCCUCUUUGGGCUUCACAUGCCCAGAUGGAGAUGCAAUGAUGAGGAUGUGGUGGUCCACUCUGAUGUCAAUCUUGAAGGAUAGACACACUCCUGUGCAGACUCAUCUCACCCAGCGCCUUGACUUCAGAGGGCAUCUCCUUGUGAUCUUGAAAGUUUGGCUGUUCAAUUUUUAUUUUGUCCCAAUUGAGAUAUAUCACAACUUGAUAAUCAAUGUGGUUUAAUUCAGAAUAGUUCUUUUUGGAGCCGGAUAUCUGCUCAGACAAUAAGAAUUGUAAGAGCUCUGAGAGCCUAUUUUAAAGGAGCAAUGGAUGAACCAUCUCCCUUGAACAAACCCGUGGAACUGAACCAGCACUCUCGCUUCAUAAUUGGGUCUGUGUCUGAAGACAACUCAGAAGAUGAGAUUAGCAACUUGGUGAAGCUGGACCUAGAGGAGAAGGAGGGCUCUCUGUCUCCAGCUUCUGUCAACUCGGAUACGCUUUCUGAUUUGGGGAUCUCUGGUUUACACGAUGGCUUGGCUUCUCAUAUGAGGUCCAGCAUGUCUGGCAUGCACCUAGUAAAACAAGGUCGAGACCGAAGAAAAGUAGAUUCACAACGAGAUUUCACUGUGGCUUCUCCAGCAGAAUUUGUUACUCGUUUUGGGGGGAAUAAAGUGAUUGAGAAGGUUCUUAUUGCCAAUAAUGGCAUUGCAGCAGUGAAAUGUAUGCGAUCUAUCCGUCGGUGGUCUUAUGAAAUGUUUCGAAAUGAACGUGCAAUUCGAUUUGUUGUCAUGGUUACACCUGAAGACCUUAAAGCCAAUGCAGAAUACAUUAAAAUGGCAGAUCACUAUGUGCCAGUGCCUGGAGGACCAAACAAUAACAACUAUGCAAAUGUGGAAUUAAUUCUUGAUAUUGCUAAAAGGAUCCCUGUGCAAGCGGUGUGGGCUGGCUGGGGUCAUGCUUCUGAGAACCCUAAGCUCCCUGAGCUACUCUUGAAAAAUGGUAUUGCUUUCAUGGGUCCUCCAAGCCAGGCUAUGUGGGCUUUGGGGGAUAAGAUUGCGUCUUCCAUAGUGGCUCAAACUGCAGGUAUCCCAACUCUUCCGUGGAGUGGCAGUGGUCUUCGUUUGAAUUGGCAGGAAAAUGAUUUUUCGAAACGUACCUUAAAUGUUCCACAAGAACUGUAUGAAAAAGGUUAUGUGAAGGAUGUGGAUGAUGGGCUGCAGGCAGCAGAAAAAGUUGGAUAUCCAGUCAUGAUCAAGGCCUCAGAAGGAGGAGGAGGGAAGGGAAUCAGAAAAGUCAGCAGUGCAGAUGACUUUCCCAAUCUCUUCAGACAGGUUCAAACUGAAGUACCGGGAUCACCUAUCUUUGUGAUGAGACUAGCAAAACAAUCUCGUCAUCUGGAGGUCCAGAUUUUGGCAGAUCAGUAUGGCAAUGCCAUCUCUUUGUUUGGCCGUGACUGUUCUGUACAGCGCAGGCAUCAGAAGAUUAUUGAAGAGGCACCUGCUGCUAUUGCCACCCCAGCAGUAUUUGAACACAUGGAACAGUGUGCUGUGAAACUUGCCAAAAUGGUUGGUUAUGUGAGUGCUGGGACUGUGGAAUACUUGUACAGUCAGGAUGGCAGCUUCUACUUUCUGGAACUAAACCCUCGGCUACAGGUGGAGCACCCUUGUACAGAAAUGGUGGCUGAUGUCAAUCUCCCUGCAGCUCAGCUCCAGAUUGCCAUGGGGAUCCCGCUAUAUAGAAUCAAGGAUAUCCGUAUGAUGUACGGAGUAUCUCCUUGGGGUGAUACUCCCAUUGAUUUUGAAAAUUCUGCUCAUGUUCCUUGCCCAAGGGGUCAUGUUAUUGCUGCUCGGAUCACUAGUGAAAAUCCAGAUGAGGGUUUUAAGCCCAGCUCUGGAACAGUUCAGGAACUGAAUUUUCGCAGCAAUAAAAAUGUUUGGGGUUAUUUCAGUGUUGCUGCUGCAGGGGGACUUCAUGAGUUUGCUGACUCUCAGUUUGGUCACUGCUUUUCAUGGGGAGAAAACAGAGAAGAAGCGAUUUCAAAUAUGGUGGUGGCAUUGAAGGAGCUAUCUAUUCGGGGUGAUUUUCGAACUACAGUUGAGUACCUGAUUAAAUUGUUAGAGACCGAAAGCUUUCAGCUGAAUAGAAUUGACACUGGCUGGCUGGACAGACUGAUAGCAGAAAAAGUACAGGCAGAGCGUCCUGAUACCAUGUUGGGAGUUGUGUGUGGAGCUCUCCAUGUGGCAGAUAUGAGCCUGCGGAAUAGUAUCUCUAACUUCCUUCACUCCUUAGAAAGGGGUCAAGUCCUUCCUGCUCAUACACUUCUGAACACAGUAGAUGUUGAGCUCAUCUAUGAAGGGGUCAAAUAUGUACUUAAGGUGACGCGACAGUCCCCCAACUCCUAUGUGGUGAUCAUGAAUAGCUCGUGUGUGGAGGUGGAUGUGCACCGGCUGAGUGAUGGCGGGCUGCUCUUGUCCUAUGAUGGCAGCAGCUAUACCACGUACAUGAAGGAGGAAGUGGACAGGUAUCGCAUCACGAUUGGUAAUAAAACCUGUGUUUUUGAGAAGGAGAAUGACCCAUCUGUGUUGCGUUCACCUUCUGCUGGGAAGUUAAUCCAGUACAUCGUGGAGGAUGGAGGCCACGUGUUUGCUGGCCAGUGCUAUGCAGAGAUUGAGGUAAUGAAAAUGGUGAUGACCUUAACAGCUGGGGAAUCUGGCUGUAUCCAUUAUGUCAAGCGGCCUGGAGCAAGUCUUGACCCUGGCUGUGUAAUAGCCAAAAUGCAGCUGGACAACCCCACCAAGGUUCAACAGGCAGAGCUUCACACAGGUAGCCUGCCCCAGAUCCAGAGCACAGCUCUCAGGGGUGAGAAGCUCCAUCGUGUUUUCCACUAUGUCCUGGACAAUCUGGUCAAUGUCAUGAAUGGAUACUGCCUGCCAGAUCCUUUCUUCAGCAGCAGGGUAAAAGACUGGGUAGAGCACUUGAUGAAGACUCUCAGAGAUCCCUCUCUGCCUCUCCUAGAAUUGCAGGAUAUCAUGACCAGUGUUUCUGGCCGUAUCCCUCUCAAUGUGGAGAAGUCUAUUAAAAAGGAAAUGGCUCAGUAUGCUAGCAAUAUCACAUCAGUCCUCUGUCAGUUUCCUAGCCAGCAGAUUGCCAACAUCCUAGAUAGUCAUGCAGCCACACUGAACAGGAAAUCUGAAAGGGAAGUCUUCUUCAUGAACACGCAGAGCAUUGUCCAACUAGUGCAAAGGUACCGGAGUGGCAUCCGAGGGCACAUGAAGGCUGUGGUGAUGGAUCUGCUCCGACAGUACCUUCGAGUAGAAACACAAUUCCAGAGUGGUCACUAUGACAAAUGUGUAUUUGCCCUUCGGGAAGAGAACAAGAGUGACAUGAAUACUGUACUGAACUAUAUCUUCUCUCAUGCUCAAGUCACCAAAAAGAAUCUUCUGGUCACAAUGCUUAUUGAUCAGUUAUGUGGACGAGACCCUACUCUCACUGAUGAACUGCUAAAUAUCCUCACAGAGCUAACCCAGCUCAGUAAGACUACCAAUGCUAAAGUGGCACUUCGGGCUCGGCAGGUUCUUAUUGCUUCCCAUUUGCCAUCAUAUGAGCUUCGCCAUAACCAAGUAGAGUCCAUCUUCCUAUCAGCUAUUGACAUGUAUGGACAUCAGUUUUGCAUUGAGAACCUGCAGAAACUCAUCCUAUCUGAAACAUCUAUUUUUGAUGUCCUACCAAACUUCUUCUAUCACAGCAACCAGGUAGUAAGGAUGGCAGCUCUGGAGGUCUAUGUUCGAAGGGCUUAUAUUGCUUAUGAACUUAACAGUGUACAACACCGCCAGCUUAAGGACAAUACCUGCGUAGUGGAAUUUCAGUUCAUGCUGCCCACAUCUCAUCCAAACAGAGGGAACAUCCCUACGCUAAACAGAAUGUCCUUCGCCUCCAACCUCAACCACUAUGGCAUGACUCAUGUAGCUAGUGUCAGUGAUGUGCUUUUGGACAACUCCUUCACUCCACCAUGCCAGAGGAUGGGCGGGAUGGUCUCUUUUCGGACUUUUGAAGAUUUUGUCAGGAUCUUUGAUGAAGUGAUGGGCUGCUUCUCUGACUCCCCACCCCAAAGCCCCACAUUCCCAGAGUCAGGUCAUACAUCUCUCUAUGAUGAAGACAAGAUCCCCAGGGAUGAACCAAUUCAUAUUCUGAAUGUGGCUAUCAAGACUGACUGUGAUAUUGAGGAUGAUGGACUGGCAGCUAUGUUCAGAGAGUUUACCCAGCAAAAUAAAGCUACCCUGGUUGAGCAUGGGAUCCGGCGUCUUACAUUCCUGGUUGCACAAAAGGAUUUCAGAAAGCAGGUCAACUGUGAGGUGGAUCAAAGAUUUCAUAGAGAAUUCCCUAAAUUUUUCACCUUCAGAGCAAGGGAUAAGUUUGAGGAGGAUCGUAUUUACCGUCACUUGGAGCCUGCUCUGGCUUUCCAGUUAGAGCUAAACCGGAUGAGAAAUUUUGACCUCACUGCCAUUCCAUGCGCUAAUCACAAGAUGCACCUGUAUCUUGGGGCAGCCAAGGUAGAAGUGGGCACAGAAGUGACAGACUACAGGUUCUUUGUUCGUGCAAUCAUCAGGCAUUCUGAUCUGGUCACAAAGGAAGCUUCCUUUGAAUAUCUACAAAAUGAAGGGGAGCGGCUGCUCCUGGAAGCCAUGGAUGAGUUGGAAGUUGCUUUUAAUAAUACAAAUGUCCGUACUGAUUGUAACCACAUCUUCCUUAACUUUGUUCCCACAGUCAUCAUGGACCCAUCAAAGAUCGAGGAGUCCGUGCGGAGCAUGGUCAUGCGCUAUGGAAGUCGGCUGUGGAAACUGCGCGUCCUACAGGCAGAACUGAAAAUCAACAUUCGCUUGACAACAACUGGGAAAGCAAUUCCCAUCCGCCUGUUCCUGACAAAUGAGUCUGGCUAUUACUUGGACAUCAGCCUAUACAAGGAAGUGACUGACUCCAGGACAGCACAGAUUAUGUUUCAGGCAUAUGGAGACAAACAGGGACCACUGCAUGGAAUGUUAAUCAAUACUCCAUAUGUGACCAAAGACCUGCUUCAGUCAAAGAGGUUUCAGGCUCAGUCCUUAGGAACAACAUAUAUAUAUGAUAUCCCAGAGAUGUUUCGGCAGUCCCUAAUCAAACUCUGGGAGUCAAUGUCCACUCAAGCAUUCCUUCCUUCACCCCCGCUGCCUUCUGAUAUCCUGACGUAUACUGAACUGGUAUUAGAUGAUCAAGGCCAGCUAGUCCACAUGAACAGGCUUCCAGGAGGAAAUGAGAUCGGCAUGGUUGCUUGGAAAAUGACCCUUAAAAGCCCUGAAUGUCCAGAUGGCCGGGAUAUCAUUGUCAUUGGCAAUGACAUUACAUAUCGGAUUGGUUCAUUUGGGCCUCAAGAGGAUUUGCUCUUUCUCAGAGCUUCAGAACUUGCCAGGGCAGAGGGGAUCCCACGCAUCUAUGUUGCAGCCAACAGUGGAGCAAGGAUUGGACUGGCAGAAGAAAUCCGUCACAUGUUUCAUGUGGCCUGGGUAGACCCAGAGGAUCCUUACAAGGGAUACAAGUAUUUAUAUCUCACCCCUCAAGAUUAUAAGAGAGUCAGUGCUCUCAACUCUGUCCAUUGUGAACAUGUGGAAGAUGAAGGAGAAUCUAGGUACAAGAUAACAGAUAUUAUUGGGAAAGAAGAGGGACUUGGAGCUGAGAACCUUCGUGGUUCCGGAAUGAUUGCUGGCGAGUCCUCACUGGCCUAUGAUGAGAUCAUCACUAUUAGUCUGGUGACAUGCCGGGCCAUCGGGAUUGGGGCUUACCUUGUCCGACUGGGACAAAGAACCAUCCAGGUUGAGAAUUCUCACUUAAUUCUGACAGGAGCUGGCGCCCUCAACAAAGUCCUUGGGCGGGAAGUGUACACCUCCAAUAAUCAGCUUGGAGGCAUCCAGAUCAUGCACAACAAUGGAGUUACCCACUGCACCGUCUGUGAUGACUUUGAAGGGGUUUUCACCAUUUUGCACUGGCUGUCAUACAUGCCUAAGAGUGUACAUAGUUCAGUCCCUCUCCUGAAUUCUAAGGAUCCUAUAGACAGAAUCAUUGAGUUUGUUCCCACAAAGGCACCAUACGAUCCUCGAUGGAUGCUGGCAGGCCGCCCUCACCCAACCCAGAAAGGCCAGUGGUUGAGUGGAUUUUUUGACUAUGGCUCCUUCUCAGAGAUCAUGCAGCCCUGGGCACAGACUGUGGUGGUUGGUAGAGCCAGGUUAGGAGGAAUACCUGUGGGAGUAGUUGCUGUAGAAACCCGAACAGUAGAACUAAGUAUCCCAGCUGAUCCUGCAAACCUGGAUUCUGAAGCCAAGAUAAUCCAGCAGGCUGGCCAAGUUUGGUUCCCAGACUCUGCUUUUAAGACCUAUCAGGCUAUCAAGGACUUCAACCGUGAAGGUCUACCUCUGAUGGUCUUUGCCAACUGGAGAGGCUUCUCUGGUGGGAUGAAAGAUAUGUAUGACCAAGUACUGAAGUUUGGUGCUUACAUCGUGGACAGCUUGCGGGAAUGCUCCCAACCUGUCAUGGUUUACAUUCCUCCCCAGGCAGAGCUGCGGGGUGGCUCCUGGGUUGUGAUAGACCCCACCAUCAAUCCCCGACACAUGGAGAUGUAUGCUGACCGAGAAAGCAGGGGAUCCGUUCUGGAGCCAGAAGGGACAGUAGAAAUCAAAUUCCGCAAAAAGGAUCUGGUGAAAACCAUGCGCCGGGUAGAUCCAGUCUACAUCAGCUUGGCUGAGCGAUUGGGCACCCCAGAGCUAAGCCCAGCUGAGCGGAAGGAGUUGGAGAACAAGCUGAAGGAGCGGGAGGAAUUCCUAAUACCCAUUUACCAUCAGGUAGCUCUGCAGUUUGCUGACUUGCACGACACACCAGGCCGGAUGCAGGAGAAGGGUGUUAUUAAUGACAUCCUAGAUUGGAAAACAUCACGUACCUUCUUCUACUGGCGGCUGAGGCGCCUCUUGCUGGAGGAUCUGGUCAAGAAGAAAAUCCACAAUGCCAACCCCGAGUUGACGGAUGGCCAGAUCCAGGCCAUGUUAAGGCGCUGGUUUGUAGAAGUGGAAGGCACAGUAAAGGCUUAUGUUUGGGACAACAAUAAGGAUCUGGUAGAGUGGCUGGAGAAACAGCUGACAGAGGAAGAUGGUGUCCGCUCGGUGGUAGAGGAGAACAUCAAAUACAUCAGCAGGGACUAUGUCCUCAAGCAGAUCCGCAGCUUGGUACAGGCCAAUCCAGAAGUUGCCAUGGAUUCCAUCGUCCACAUGACCCAGCACAUCUCACCCACUCAGCGAGCGGAAGUUGUACGGAUCCUCUCCACAAUGGAUUCCCCUUCCACGUAGGAAGCACUGCCUGCCCUGCCUCCAGAGGAAAGGGCUAGUGCUAUCUCUUGCACCUGAACCCCCUGUCAUGAGAAGGCACAAGAGACCCAGCACUGGAGUGCAAGUGGCACUUUGCUUCCCCUCGAGUGUUUCAGGUUGUGCAUGACAUCCUGGGAUCUAGGAUCACAAAGCCCCAUCGCGUAUACCCAGUUCAGUAUUUAUUAGCCCCAUUGCAGUGACAGUCCACUCCCUGCACAGGGCUGAGAAGGCAAUGAAGGGUACGAGGUCGUACCAUGAGGUCUUACUACACAAAAGCAGGGCUUCCCCUCCUGCUGCAGUCCCUGCCCCAUGAGCCACAGCCACAGGCAGCAGAGGAGGGCUGGGGCUGAGGAAGGAGGACAGCUCAGUCCAUCAUUUAUUAGCCCACCUGCAGCCCGGCCCACACCACACACUGGAGAGGAAUCAGUCCCUGUUUAACCAUAUUGAAUUAACUGUUCAUGAGAGACAUUAGUAUACAAAAUCUCCCACAGGCUACCCGAGAACUCAGCAGUGGGGAAAGCCUUGAGACACAGAAAUAGACCAAGUUAUUGUUCUUGAUAUAGGGACCUCAACCUUCCACCACCCUAGUUACCACUCUGUGACUAGUUGAUUGGACCCAGGAACUACAAGGCAGGGUACACAAGGUCCAGCUUCUGCCAGGGCCUGAGGUGGUGGAAGACAAGCCAGCUGACUUUUCUGUCACUGGUGGAAAGUCAUGCCACAAGGAGAGCAGGCCAGGAAAAGAGAAGCCUUUUCUUAGGACCAAGAAAGUUGUCACUGUGGAGCCUGAAGCAUUGGGUCACAAGGCGAGUAGUGCCUAUAGAGCCGCCUAUUCCUGUUCCUGAGCAGUUGGGUGGCUGACAUUCCUGCUGUCUGGCAUUUGCCCCUUCUCUGAAUGUAUGCUGGUAGCAGGUGUGGCAGGUCUCCCACAGCUGUGCUCUCCUCCCUGGUGCAGAGAGCUUCCAGGGACAUACAAUCCACCUGACCUUAAGAACAAUUCCGUCAUGGUGCUGCUGCCUUCCAGGCUCUCUGGUUCCCCCGCGGCCAGCAGCAGGGUCUUCCUCGGGUGGCCGAGAGAGCUUAUUUUAUUUUAACAACCCCUUUAGCAAGGAAAGCAGCCUUGGUGUUCCCAAAGCAAGAGUGAAAGGUGAUGAGGGCAGCAUCCCAUUACUGACGUGCAGCUAAUGUGGGCAUUUGUCACUGGAGACCAAGGAGGAAACCACUAGGAUGCCAUAGAAGGUGGUGUGAAUGCUUCAGUCUUGAGCCUUAACUCUCCAGGAGGGCCUCUGAAGCUAUGCUGCAUCGCACAGGGAUGCCACAGGGCUGGACGCACAGCGGACCCCAGGAGGGGGAGCUUCCACCAGCCCCGAUGGAAGGCACAAGGCAGGAGUAGGCGAGGGCGAUUCUUAGUCUGGAAAGCAGUUAACUGCCUACCUAGGAGGCAAGGAUGGGAGUCACCUCUGAUCGCCUCAUUUUGCCACAGUACAUCAAAUCCCACAGCCACUGGUGACAUUCGAGUGUUUACUCCCUGGAAGAACUGUUCUGGCAUUUCUUCAGAGGUGGGGUGAGUUAUGCUUGUAUAGCUUCCCUUUCCCUACUGCCCCUUGUCCAGAACAGGGAUUUCACAUGGCGAAGUGAGAAAGAGCCACCGCACGUGAGCACUCUGAUGUUCCCACCACCCAUUUCACAUGCAAGGUUGCUGAGGCAGGAGGAAAAAUGAUGUAUUGACCGAGACUUGCUUGAACUGAGAUUGCCAUAUUAUCUGUUUUCUCUGUUCACGAAGCAGCCCUCACUCGUGUCAGUGAGAAUCCGAUGGACACAUUCCCAGUGAGCGACAAGCUUCAGUCGAAUGCACUCUUUUCACAUUUUGUUGAAAUAAACCUCCACAUUUGUAGAAGA